UAACAAACUAAAUCAGUCAGGUUCAGUCUGCUUGUCAAUGUCUAAUAGUGAUCUUGUUAGUGCUUUGGUAUAUUUCCAUCCUCUUAAAAUUUAUUUUAAUUCCUGAAAGAAAUGUCUAAUGACAACGCUUUGGAUUUACAUCAUGUGCACCAAUGCUUUCAACGGAGCCUCAAAGAGGAGGACGACGUUGUCAUAGAAGCAUACAUAGACGGUUAUAAUGAACUGGUUAAAUUUCUAAAUUUAAUCGGUACAGUAUUUUCGUUUGUGAGCAGUGAUGUCAAAAGUAAAAUAAAAGUGAUGGAGAAACAUCGUGAAGGCGAAAAUGCAGUUUAUUAUGAAUCAUUUAAGAAAAUGAUGACAUAUGAAAAGGAUGCCAAUUUGCAUGAAAAGAACGGUUUUGUAUCAGGCUCCAGAACAAUGCUCCGUUUGCAUAGAGGAUUGGAUUUCAUAAGAAUGUUCCUGAAGCGUCUCGGUGAAGCAGAUGAAGCCAUGAACACGUGUACAACAUGUCAAGGGACUUAUAAUGAGACGUUAGCGGAGUUCCAUCCCUGGUAUAUAAGGAAGGCGGCAACGUUAGCCAUGCAUGCGCUUCCGUCGCGACCAGAUUUAUUGAAAAAGGUGUUCGGAACAGAUGACAGCUUAACCGCCGCCAUGACAGUGUUGCCACAUACGCUAUCCUCUUGCGACGAAGUAUACAGGCGAGUCGAACAAUUAUAUACGGACUUUGAUUUCCAUGGCCUACCCUAGAGACGCAGCCGCUUCAUUAAAAAUAAAACUAAUUAUUUUCUUUAUUUUUUGUAAGUAUUGAGUGUUUUCGAGUUUUAAAAUUAUAUCGGCUGUGUUAAUGUGCUUAAAACAAUAGAAUUAUUUAGUAUUUUAAGUUUUGUUCAGAUUUAUAUAUAUAUAAAUAAUUGUACUAGAUAUUAAACAAGAGCUAGGACGAUUUUAGAAAAAUUAAAAAAAAUAUAAUAAAUAAAAAAAUGCCAAUGCUUCGGUUUCGAAACUGGACGAUUUUGUACAGAUAACAUAAAUUAUUCACAUUAUUUCCCAUUUAUGUGUUUACUGUAAUCGAUAUUAUUUAGUGAAUGCCUGGUAUGCUUAAGCUUGCAUAAUAUUUUGAUCUCGUGCGACAACGAAAACCUAUUUUUAAUGAUAAACGUUGUGUUUAACGCUUUUUUUUGUUAAAAUAUUCAUAAAAAUGUGUAUUGUGUUUAGAAACAAUAUUACGGCAAAGAUCCAUAUUAUGCGGAAAUAAAAAAGCGGGAAAAUAUGCUUUAGUCAGUUACAACACUAGUGACAUCUAGUGACGCACCGCUCGGACUAUCGCUAAUUGUUUGAAAAAACAAGUCGCCCCCCCCCCACCUGUCGUGCGUCGAUGGUACUAUAUCAGAAGUCUAGACUGGUGUGCCAAGAACAACUGUCUUCAGCUUCAUUAUAAUCGAAUGAAUUAUUUAAUAACACAUAGAGAAUAAGCAUACAAAGAAAUAUUGUUUUUCAUUGAAUGAGAUUUUAUAAUAACAUAUUAAUAUUUAAUUUUGAGAAGAUAUAGAGUAUGUCGAACUGCAUAUGCAGGCGGGGUAGGUCUGUAAUACAAUGGAUAUUUAUAAAUAUUGAGGGAGUUCGUGGUUGAUGUUAAACAUUAGUCGAUUCUAACGUGACGAUUUAAAACUAAGCUGACAAAAGGUUUACGGAUGUUACAUUUGAGGCCUAUAAAA